GCCGGGACGAUGAAAUACAAUGAUCGGAUGAAAAGCAGUACAGUAUCGUGCAAAAUGACAACAUGGGCCGCGCGUACCAUCCGCACACGCAGCGCGCCUUGUUGAAUUUUCACCCCGCACUCGCUCGCUGGUCAGUCAGCGUGCCACACAAUUGAUAUUUUGCGAUCUCCACAAAAAUUUUGUUUAUCAUCGCUGAAGGAACCAUGUGGAUUAUGUAUUUAUGAGUACAGUGCAAAUUUACACAGUAUUCAAAUUGAUUAAACCGCCGUCCUGUUGUGUGUGAUAUCAUACGUCGGGGGAUCAUCAAGGUGCGACAAAGCCAUGCACAGUAAUAUUAUGGCAGCUGAAGCGCGCUACAACACGAACCAGGGUGUAUCCUUCUCCCAUGCCCUGCACAAUAUGAACACAGUGUCAAGGGAUCGUCCGGACGGCGGAGCUGAUCGUUACCGGACCCGCAUCAAUAUGCCGCGGAUGUUGGCCAUCAACUGGGGUCGGCUGGCAUUGGCAUUGUGCAUUUUCGCCCUGGAGAGCGCCAUUACAUCCGUGUUCCACAUUAACGCCAGCGACAAUCUCCGCCAGCAGUUCCCCUUAACCAAAACCGUCAUGGGCUUCCUCUACGGUCUGCUGGUGUUAAUCUUCUGGAACCGGGUGCGUAAGAUCACCAGCGGAACAAUCGAGGCCGCCGAGAAAUUCCACCAGGGCCAAAACGACCCGGCCACCAAACUCACCGCCUUUCCGGGAUUUAAGUUGCCGCCCUUUCGGCGCACCAUCGCCAUCGUGGCGACAUCUAUCUCCUUUCUGGGUAGUUUCGCCUUCACGGUGAUCACAUCGCUGCUGUUCGUGGAUGUCAUGCAGAUCCUGCGGGAGGAAGGGGACGCGACAAUCGGAUACACACUGGUGGUGCUGUAUUCGCUGCUGUUAUUCUGCGCUGUGGUGGCCAUGCUCACCGGCAUCCAUGGCAGUCUCUCGCUGCUGCUGCUCCUCAAAGCUUUACCACCAAAAUUCUAUCCACUGGAAAUUUUUUUCGGGGAAAACCGGAAACCUGUCAGUGUGCAGUUGUUCAAAGAUGAUUGAUUCUGUGAUUGUAACGAGUAUUUUUAAAGUGAAAGCAAAAUGCGUGCCUGUAUAACUGUGAGUAAUUUGUAUACACAUGUGGUGUUUUGCCUUUCAAGCGUAGAUGCCUGAACAAUAUUUUGACAGUUUUAUGUGAUAUGUGUACAAAUGCGGUUGUCUUUUUCUCGGUUUAAAUUUUAAAUUAAUUUUUGCUCUAGUCAGAUAUUUACAACUUGAAUAUGCUGAAUAAAUUAUGCAUUUCUA